UUCAGACUAAAAAGCUAGCCCUCGUUUACGUCAUUGUCGUGAGAACAAACGAGAAUGGCUUGUUUGUUCUCCGGACACCUUUUGUGUCACUAGAGCACGACCUCUGUGCCUUGACAGCUUGUACUGUGGGAAUCAUAUUGUUGUAGCCUCGCGGGUAGCGUACACCCUCUGAAAUCGACGGGAAAAUGGCGGCGCGGGGCUGCACGGUUGUGGAGCCUGGUGUUACUCUCUAGUGAUAGGUCAGCUGACGGUAGAUGUGGAGCCACCUGAACGAGGAAAGAAGUGGAGAACGUAGCCGUAUGUCCUGAGCUCAGGCCGCCGCCUCCGGGGUACUCCAAGCUGGGGACAGGUCAAGCAAGAAAACCAAAAUGGAGUCCAUGCUAAACAAGCUGAAGAGCACAGUCACAAAGGUGACCGCAGAUGUCACGAGCGCGGUAAUGGGAAACCCUGUCACAAGGGAAUUCGAUGUAGGAAAACACAUAGCCAGCGGAGGCAAUGGACUUGCUUGGAAAAUUUUCAAUGGGACAAAAAAAUCUACAAAACAGGAAGUUGCGGUUUUUGUUUUUGACAAAAAGUUGAUUGACAAAUAUCAAAAGUAUGAGAAGGAUCAAAUAAUAGAUUCUCUAAAGCGGGGCGUUCAGCAGCUAACAAGGCUCCGACAUCCACGGUUACUUACUGUACAGCAUCCACUUGAAGAGUCAAGGGAUUGUCUUGCAUUUUGUACAGAACCUGUUUUUGCCAGCUUAGCUAAUGUUCUUGGAAACUGGGACAAUCUCCCAUCUCCUCUUCCUGCUGAUAUUAAAGAUCAUAAACUGUAUGAUGUAGAAACAAAAUAUGGCCUGCUUCAGGUUUCUGAAGGCUUGUCAUUUUUACAUAGCAGUGUCAAGAUGAUCCAUUCAAAUCUCACUCCAGAGAACAUCAUUUUAAACAAAUGUGGUGCUUGGAAAAUUAUGGGUUUUGACUUCUGCAAUCCAUCGGUGAACCCUUCAGAACAAGAGAUAAAAUAUGUAUGUAAAGAAUGGGAUCCCAACUUACCUGCGCUGUGUCUGCCUAAUCCUGAAUACUUGGCCCCAGAAUAUAUAUUGUCAGUAAGCUGUGACCCUGCCAGCGACAUGUACUCACUCGGUGUUAUCAUACACGCAGUGUAUAACAAAGGAAAGACUAUUUUCGAAGUCAACAAACAAGAUAUAUACAAAAGCUUUAGCAGGCAGCUGGAUCAGCUGAGUCGUUUAAACCCGAACGUCCUUGUUAACAUCCCAGAGGAAGUCCGUGAACAUGAAAAACUGCUUCUUAAUGUUACUCCAGCAGUCAGACCAGAUGCAGAUCAAAUGACAAAGAUUCCAUUUUUUGAUGACGUUGGUGCCGUGACGCUACAAUAUUUUGAUUCCCUUUUUCAACGAGACAAUCUUCAGAAAUCACAGUUCUUCAAAGGUUUACCGAAAGUUCUUCCCAAACUGCCAAAGCGUGUUGUUGUACAAAGAAUAUUACCGGCACUAACUUCAGAGUUUGUUAACCCAGACAUGGUGCCAUUUGUAUUGCCCAAUGUUUUGCUGAUAGCAGAAGAGUGCACCAAGGAGGAAUAUGCAAAACUCAUCCUGCCAGACCUAGGGCCUGUGUUUCGUCAACAGGAACCUAUUCAGAUACUUCUAAUAUUCCUGCAAAAAAUGGAUCUUCUUCUGACUAAGACUCCACCAGAUGAAAUCAAGAACAGCGUAUUACCUAUGGUUUAUAGAGCCCUGGAAGCACCAUCUAUACAGAUUCAGGAGCUGUGCUUAAACAUAAUCCCUACAUUCGCAAACCUUAUAGAUUACCCAUCUAUGAAAAAUUCAUUGAUACCAAGAAUUAAAUCCGCUUGUUUACAGACGUCUUCACUUGCUGUAAGGGUUAAUUCCUUGGUCUGCUUAGGAAAGAUUUUGGAAUACCUGGAUAAGUGGUAUGUUCUGGAUGAAAUUCUACCUUUUUUGCAACAAAUCCCAUCCAGAGAGCCGGCAGUUCUAAUGGGGAUUUUAGGAAUAUACAAAUGUACCUUUACACAUAAGAAGCUUGGUGUUACCAAAGAGCAGCUGGCUGGAAAAGUGUUGCCUCAUUUAAUUCCUCUCAGCAUUGACAAUAACCUUAAUCUCAACCAGUUUAACUCAUUCAUGGCUGUUAUUAAAGAGAUGCUGAACAAGUUAGAGGCAGAGCAUAAAACUAAGCUUGAACAGCUACAUAUUAUGCAAGAGCAGCAGAAGUCUUUGGAUAUAACAAAUCAGUUGAACAUAUCUGGAGAACAAGCUAGUAAAGCAAACAGUCAGACAGAUAAAACAUUUGAGAUCAGCCAAGAUUUUCUGACUGGUGCAAGUGAAAAACAAGAAAAUGGACAUGUGCCAAAGCAGCAAAGCAAGGUAUCACUUACACUUGAAGAGAAGCAAAGGCUAGCAAAAGAACAGGAGCAAGUACAAAAGAUGAAAAGUCAGCAGCCGCUAAUGCCUAGCACAAUGACAUCUGCCGCCCCUGUGAAACAGACAAAGGAUCUAACUAAGACACUCAUGGAAAAUAUGUCCUCUCUGAACAGUUUUUCAAGCGUUGGGCCCAAACCAGCAGUGGCAGGGUUUUCUUCAGUAACUAGCAUGCCAGGAAGUGUUGGUUUCCCAACAUCAGUUGACAACAUGGCUUUAAACAGAAACCUACAAAAUGGGCUUAACUCUAACACAGGGAUCCAACCUUCUGGCUUCAGUAUGGGGCCAAUGAAUCCCAAUCAAAAUUUCUUUAGCAGUACCGCGCCCAUGGCAAUGAACAGGAUGCCACCACUGUCUACACCUGCUACCAUGCAGAACUUCAAUACUCUUAGCAGCCCCCCUGGCACGCUACAGCAGAACUCUUUCAGCAAGCCGUCCCCAGCUUUGUCAUCUUUAGACAAUUUAUUUGGUCCACAAAAACCCAAAGUAAGUAUGAACCAAAUGUCUCAACAGAAUCCCUGGAUCAACCAGUUUGUAACACCACAAGCUUCUCAGGCCUUGAGUGGCAGCAUAACGCAACAAGGUACGGUGGGACAGUCCGGAUUUGGAGUUCAGUCUAACCCGUUUUUUAAUCCACCAAGCGUCACACAGCCUGCAAACACGAUGAAGAGUAGUAGUUCAGCUAGCAAUGAUUUAAAAGACCUUUUUGGCUAAAAACUCUUUUCUUAAAAGAUUGUUUUAUAUUCAUGCUUAGCCUGCUUGGAGCUCUUGGUUCUGUACCGCCAUUCUGAUAUUACAACUUACGGAAGAGUAUGUUCUGUUUUAUCGAUCUCUACUUUCCCUCACUUUGUGAUGAUCAUGUGGUUCUAUGUGAUGAACUGAUUUCCCAUCCUUUCUUUUCAUCAUACGUUAUUACACAGAAUUCACCAAAAAGGUUUGUUUGCAGCACGUUCUUAGAAUGCAGAUAAGCAAAUGUUAAUCCACGUGUGAUCUUAAAGCUCAGUUCGUUCAUUUACCAGGAUCAUGUCCCAACGGAGUUUACUAUUCCAUUGAAAAUUAUUUUACAUUUUAGAUUAUUUGUGCGAGGAAACUGAAUUGUUGGUAAAAUCAUAUUUUGGUUACCACUCACCAUCUUCCUCAGGGUAAACACAUCCGUAUAAACAUUUUAUUCUCUUGUCACUUUAAAUUUAAACUACUGAAAAUGAAAAAAAUAAAGUUUCCUAGCAUUAAGCAGCACUUUGUCCAGCCUUAAGCCAGUCCAUUAUAAAGGACUUCACCAAAUAGAAUGAACAGUAAGAAUUACAUUCCUAUUUUGUGUGCACACCCCCCUUCCUAAGAACAUAAGAUUUUAUAUUUUAUUUACCUCACUUAAUAUGUGAUAAACCUAGACAUAUAUUGAGCAAGUUUUCUUUUUAUUGUGCUUUUAAAUUAUGUAAAAAUAGUCUGAUUUUCAGUUGAAUAUAAGUAAUUUGCUUUUAUUUUGUAUUUGGCACUUUUACCUUAAAGGGGUAAUCCGGCCCUAAGACAUCUUAUCCCCUAUUCAAAGGAUAGGGGAUAAGAUGUCUGAUCGCGGGGGGCCCGCCGCUGGAGACAGCUGCGCUGGUGGCAGCUGCACAGAGCGAUGUUCGCUCAGUGUCUGAAGGGUCACGACUACGGGGUUUGGUGACGUCACGACUCCGCCCCCUUGUGACAUCACGCCCCACCCCCUCAAUACAAGUCUAUGGGAGGGGGCGUGACGGCCUCGUAGUCAUGACUCUUCAGACAUGGAGCAAAGAUCACUCUGUACAGCUGCCACAGGUGGGUGUCGGCAUGAGAGAUUGCGGGGGUCCCCGCGGUGGGACCACCGUGAUCAGACAUCUCCUUUGGAUAGGGGAUAAGUUGUCUUAGGGCUGGAGUACCCCUUUAAUGCUUUAGGAAAUAGUAUAUAUUGAGAGAAAUACGUUGUAAGAAAAAUAACUGGUGUAAAUAAGUUAGAAAAAAAUUAAAUAGUGAGCCCUAUUCUUCUUAUGGAAAGAUAUUAUCUUCAAUUGCUGCUUGCAGCCUUGUGGCUAAACUAUUUAAACCGGUACUCCGUGGCUCAGCGUUUGGAACAAACUGUUCCGAACACUGGAGCCGGUACCGGGAGCUCGUGACGUCAUAGCCCAACCCCUCAUGACGUCACGCCCCACCUCCCAUAGACUUGCAUUGAGUGGGCGGGGUGUGAUGUCAUGAGGGGGUGGGGCUAUGAUGACACAAGCUCCCGGCUCCAGCGUUCGGAACAGUUUGUUCCAAACGCUGAGCAGCGGAGUACCCCCUUAACUUGGUCAUAUGUCCAUGUCAAUUGACAAGUACAGGUAUUUUUUUUAUGACUCUUUCCAGUAGUUGAAGGUCUGCUUGUCAGCUUAAAAAGGAAACCUGUCAUCACUUCCAUGCUGCCAGAAACCACAUGUCACCGGCAGCUUCUCCCUUCCCCACUAGCCUUGAUUGAUAAAUCUCAUCCUAUUUGACUAUAGGGAGAGAUCUAUCAUUAAGGAUGAUAGGGAAGGGAGAAGCCACCAAGUACCACCCUCAUCACAUGGUUCAGGCAACAUGACCAUGAUGUAAAAUUCCCUUUAAGAACUCUAAAUCCCUUACUUUGGUUCAGACAUAGAGUAAAAUGAAUAUAGUAAGUUAAUGACUUCCUGAAGCCACCGACUAAGAACUACUUCAUGCAGAUGUCUUGAGGACGUCAAUGGGGCUGUAUGCAAUAAUUUCUACCUAGCGGUGGAUGAAGGCAGCUGGAAUAUAAUCUAUUAACUGUCUACCUGAAGAAAAGCAGGGAAUUUGAAGCUCUGUAUCAAAAGAAUGAAGCUGUGACCACUAUCGGUAUAUACUGUAAAACAUUCAGUUUAGGCCCCACUGCUAUCAGUUGAAACCUAGAAAGGAUAAUUUACUUUGACCAUGAUGGUCAAUCUCCUUGUAGGAUGGUUUUACACAGCAAUUAUUUAUUUUUUAAUUACUAGUGCAAUUUUUCAUGCUGUAUGUGAAAACAAUAGGGUAUGGUGACAUGGGGAAAAACAACCACCUUAAAACCAGCCUGCCACUUUUGUGCUAAUUUUGAUGUGGUUUUUUAAAUGCCAUUUUUUAAAUGUUCCAUUCACUUAAAUGUGAUCUACCAUGUGGAACUAUUCUGAAAAGUAAUAUGUCAAUUCCUUUUGUGUGUUUUUAGUGUGAUUUAAAAAAAAACACACUUAAUGUGGACUUUCAAAAUUCCAUUAGCUUUAAUGGGUAAAAUAUCAUCUCAUAAAGAACAUUGACAUAUCAAUUAAUUAAGGUGGAUAAAAAAAAUUCCAUUGAAGUCAGUGGGGCUCAUUUACUAUUGCAAAUGUGGCAGAAUUCUGGAGUAAUUUGCACUACAAAACUGGCUUACAUGACUUGCACCAUAUUAAUUAUGAGUUUUAGACAUUUUUUGGACACUUUCUACCCUGCCUGACAAGAGGGGCAUGGCUUUUGUAAAAAGGGACGUAGCUUAGGAGUCAUUGUGCACCAAAUGUGUGCCAAGAUUUUUGCACGAUAUAAGCCGAUUAUAUUUCUCAUUCCUUUCAAUACACUUUUAGCUUUUGUUGAAAAAAACCCAAUGAAUGCAGCAUUUCUCCCAAAAAAUGUAUGUGAAACCCCCAAUUUGUAAACAAAAAAAUGCUUGUUUUGCAGUUGAAAGUCUCUGAAUAAUUAUUCCUUUUAUGGAUUCCUUUAUUUGGAAACAUUUUAUUGUGUAUUUACAUAGUUUGAUCAGUUUGAUCUACAUUCUCUGUAUCAGAAAAACAAUUUGACUUGCAAUACUACAAUAACCUCACAACACCGUUAUAUCCUUCUAUACAUAGUGGUCUAGUCCUUUUGUGUAUCCAGGUGGACAUUAUACCAUUAAUUUUGGUAUUCUCUUACUAAAUUCUAUUUACAAAUUGCAAUAAUUCCUCAUCUUGCAUAUAUUUUGUAGGUUUCUGAUUUUUCUCUCCAUAUACAUUGUAUAGUUGGCUAUGUUUCUCUUGUUUUCUUAAAUGCAGCAUAUCACAUGGUAUACAUUUAUAACCUAUAUCCAUAUUAAAGCGCUCUGUGAGUUUAUUUACUGUCCAGUAAAUAAAGUUUUGAUCAUGCGUUUACUCUUACACAUGCUGUACUUCAGUCUUCUGCUGUAAAGAGAGUGGAUGUAUCGGCACCAGGAUGGACUGUUGGGAGCAUCAGAGUCUUUUUAUGUGAUGAAAAUGCUCUAAAAAAAUGCCUGAUCUCCAUAGAUGAAUCAUUGGACAUGUGUUGAUUUACCAACACUUCUCAGAGAGCUUUUAUGAUAUCUGGAGAAAGGGACACUCUCUAUGCUAAGUACAUAAAUACUAAAAUCUGUGGUUACACCUGAAUGUAAAGCGGAACUAAGCAAAGUUCUAUUUCCUCAACCUACUUUAGUGAUGCAUGUUGUGUCAAAAGUACAUGAGAUGGGUCAAAAUGGUUAUAAGCAGUACAGAUAUUCCAUAUCAUUAACCAUUUUUAUGUCGAUCCUUGGACCUGGUAAAUACUGAUCAAAUUGACUUAAUAGUGACUUGCCUAAAGUGUACCUCUGUCAGUCAUAUUGCUUGCUUUAUUUCAUUGGAUUAUGUUCAUCCUAUUGAUUUUGAAGACCAUGGGGCCUUACGGUGUAAAUGGAUUUGUUACAUAAUAUUGAAAGACCUGAAGACGUACCUUAAUUUAUAUAUAACUGUGAAUCAUUGAAAUUGUUUAAUAUACUGUUGAAGCUUUGUGUGUCUUGUUACAAUUUACUGUUGAAGCCGUGUUGUUGUUAUUUACAUUUUGAACAAAUUGUUUGUAAGGAAAUAGUUAAUAAAUGAAGCCUGGGUAAGAGAA